AUGAACCCCUCUGCAUCCAAAACGGUCAAACUCGACUUCAACCUCGAGCGGGAUGUGCCCGAGCUGAACGGCAAGGUGCUGCUGACCACCGGUGGUACCAAUGGCCUCGGGGCCGCCGCAGCUAAGAUGCUCGCGAGCCGCCACCCGGCCAAGAUCUACAUCACCGGCCGCAACCAAGCCGCGGCUCAGCAGACCAUCGACAGCAUCAAGUCCAGCACUGGUAGUGCCACCCAGCUGGAAUGGAUUCGCUGCGACCACGCAAAUCUCGCCACCGUCAAGGAAGCCGCAGAGAAGAUUUUGGCGAAGGAGUCCCGCCUCGAUGUGCUCAUGGCCAACGCGGGAAUCAUGGCCCUCCCCCGGGGGCUUACAUCCGACGGGUACGAGCUCCAUUUUGGAAUCAACCAUCUCGCCCACGCCCUCUUGAUUCGGAAACUACUCCCGUUACUCCAGAAGACGGCCAAGACACAUCUCGAGGCUCGCAUCAUUCCACUGUGUUGCUUGAUCGCAGAGAUCCUUGAGGGAAAGGCACCGAGGAUCUAUGGCUUGGUUUGGAAGAUUGGAGUCUUCUAUGGCAAGGUGAAAUAUCUCACAUACGAGAUGGUCCGGCUGGGCUAUGUGCUUACAGGUCUCGAAGCAGAAGAGUACCUCCAGACAGUCACAGAGGAAGCUAAAGAGAUGACCAUGACUGCCUAG